UGAUCUCUGUGUCUCUGAAGGAGAACCCUCUGAUCUCUGUGUCUCUGAAGGAGAACCCCCUGAUCUCUGUGUCUCUGAAGGAGAACCCCCUGAUCUCUGUGUCUCUCUGAAGGAGAACCCCCUGAUCUCUGUGUCUCUCUGAAGGAGAACCCCCUGAUCUCUGUCUCUCUGAAGGAGAACCCUCUGAUCUCUGUCUCUCUGAAGGAGAACCCCCUGAUCUCUCAGCUUCUUCUCAACAACCUGCAGAAUCUCUGAGGACACACACCGCUCCUCUUUGUGGAAUGCAGUAAAGCUGUCCCUUUCAGUCCUGCUCACAAACACAGCCAGCCUCACCCUAUCAGACUGUGUGACGGUUCCCUCCCUUUGACAUCUGCAGGUCAUUCAGAGCGAUGGCCUCUGAAGGCAGCGGGACGAUGGAGGUGGUGGCGCUCGGACGGCCUUUCAGUCUUGGGAUGUUGUACGACUGCCGCAAAGACUCUCUCAUCCCUGGAAUCACAUUGUGGGACUGUGAUGACCUUGACAAUCAUGUCAGAGAAAGACAACAAAACAAUAACAGUUUUGAUAUAGUUGCAUCUGAAUCAAUUGAGGACAAAUCUUUAGCAUUAGAUGUUGAAGGAUCACUGAAGGCCAGUUUCUUGAGUGGACUGGUAGAGGUUGGUGGAUCGGCCAAAUACCUGAACGACAGCAAGACUUCCAAAAAUCAGGCCAGAGUAACUCUGUAUUACCAAACUACCACAAAGUUCCAUGAGCUGUCCAUGAAUCAUCUUGGGAGAGACAAUGUUAAGCAUCAGUCUGUGUUUGAUAAAGGAAUAGCAACACAUGUAGUCACAGGUAUCCUUUAUGGUGCACAAGCCUUCUUUGUCUUUGACCGUGAGGUGUCUGUAAACGAAAACCAUCAAGACAUUCAACGCAACUUGAAGCUGAUGAUCAACAAAAUCCCCUGCCUUCCAAUAGACGGAGAAAGCUCACAGAAAAUGGAAGACAAGGACAAAGCUAAUGUUGAGAAACUGUCCUGCAGAUUCUUUGGAGACUUUUUGAUUCAGAAACCUCCUACAUCCUUUCAGGAUGCAUUAGAAGUCUACCAAAGUCUGCCAAAGCUGCUGGGAGCCAACGGGGAAAAAGCAGUACCAGUGAAGGUCUGGAUGUUGCCACUGACAUAUUUAGAUUCUACUGCUGCUAAACUUGUCCGUCAGAUAAGUAUUGGAUUAGUUGAAGAAUGUCAGAGGGUCCUGGAGGACUUCAGUGACCUGGAAAUGAGGUGCAAUGAUGCACUGAAAACCCAAACUGCACAGCAGUUCCCACAGAUUGGAAAAAAACUCAAAACCUUUAAACAGAUGUGCUCUGAGUUCAAACUGGAAUUCCAACGAACCCUGAAAGAGAAACUUCCAUCAAUCCGAGGAGGAGGAGAAGAAGAAGCUGUGCUCGCAGAGAUCCUGAGGAAGACAUGUUCUUCUCCUUUCAACAGCGAGAACCUGAACGAGUGGAUGGACUGUAAGGAGAGAGAAAUCUCCAUUUUAAAGUCCACCACCAACAUGAUGAAAAACACCGAGAUCGUUCCACGAGAAAAUGAUCUUCAUGAAGAAAUUCUCAACACGGAGCACGCUGUGUGUUUUAUCUUCACCUCGCUGGGAAGGGAUGAACCGUACCUCUCAGCUUUAUCAAAGUACCUGAAACAAACACCCAAACCAGACCACGCUCAACAUCCACACACUCCAGAUCAAUGGUACAACUCAAGAAGAGAAAUGGAAGCAAUGCGGCGUAAAGCAAAGCUCUUCAGUGAUUUCGCCGAUGCCAACAAGGAUAAGCCUAACAUUACAUUUCUGACAGUGGGUUUAUCAGACGAGACACAGAAAGGGGCAAGCAUCCACCUUUAUACAGACGGCUCUGCUGUCAGUGAGAACUUUGAGCCACCUUCAGAGCCUGCAACAGUAACAGGAAGUGAUGUAAACCACAACAGUGUGACGCUGGAGAUAUCUCCACCCAGAUCUGGAGCUGAGGACAUCACCUCCUACUCUGUGGAGUACCGUGUCAGUGGAGAGGAUGGCUGGAAACAAAAGAAAGCAUCCAUAGCUGAAGAAGUCACAGUGAGCGACCUGAGUCCUAACACAGAGUACGUGUUCAGAUGCAGGGCAGAGACACCAGUAGGUGCCGGGCCAGCCAAUGAAGUGAGAGGAUCCAUUAAAACCUUACCCUGCAGCCCUCCUGGAAAACCCAACGUUGAAUCAAACUCACGUGAGAUAUCAGUCAGCUGGGAGGAACCUGCUGAGCUCGGACAAGAUGUCCACGUUUUGAGCUACAUCGUAGAGUACGCCAAACCAGACCAACAGGUGAGAGAGGGAGAUCUCCACUGGGAGCAAAUGAUGGUGGGAGCUGAGAAGGUGAUCAUUCCAGGACUUCAGCCAGAGACAGAAUACGCUGUCAGGGUCAGGGGUGAUUGUGGUGCAGCUGGAAGAAGCAAAGAAAGCAUCUCUGUUAAUGUCUGCACAACUAAACCUGCACCUCUCACUGAACUCCUCAAAAGUAAAAGCAAGAGGAUCAACUCUGGAUCUCCCUCAGUUUACAAACUGCCUCUGACAGAAGAAGACAUGGAGGUGGAUGGAUGCCGGAGGUACAGCUUUGGCUCAGAAAGCACGAGGCAAAAUCGCACAAUAUUGCUUCUUGGAGCACCAGGAUCUGGGAAGUCCACUCUGAUCAAUGGACUCAUCAACUACAUAGUUGGUGUAGAGUGGGAGGACAAUUUCAGAUUCAAGUUAGUUGAUGAGGAUCAGUCGAGAUCUCAAGCUGAAAGCCAGACCUCUGAAGUCACUGUGUACAAAAUCAACCACCAAGAGGGCUUUAAAAUCCCUUUCUCUCUGACCGUCGUUGACACUCAAGGCUUUGGAGAUACAAUAGAUGAGGACAUCACAGAACAGCUCCUUAAUCUCUUCUCUUCAGAGCGUGGCGUCAGUGAAAUCAACGCCCUGUGUUUUGUAGUUCAGGCUCAUUUAGCUCAGCUCACACCAUCACAGGAGUAUUUGUUUGAUUCUGUGCUCUCAAUCUUUGGCAAAGAUGUGGAAGAGAACAUCCAGGUUCUGGUGACAUUCUCAGACGGCCAACGCCCACCAGUUCUAGAAGCGAUCAAUGCUUCAGCUGUCCCAUGUCCUAAAACAGAAGACGGGCUGCCAGUUCACUUCAAGUUCAAUAACUCUGUAUUGUUUGCACAGAACCGAUCAUCUGCUGCUGACUCGAGUGGCGAGGAGGAAGAUGGAGGCUUUGAUCAGAUGUUCUGGAAAAUGGGGGCAAAAAGCAUGAAGAGGUUCUUUGGUGCUUUAGAUAAGAGUAGGGUCAGCCAAGCUUAAGGAUACAGGAGAAUUAAAGAGUUAAUGACUUGUUGUCUUGUUGAGGGUCCUGAAAUGAUACGGGGGUCCUGCUGGAUGAUACUUUUCUAAACGUUAAACAAUAAAUCAGACUAGUGGAAAGUUCACUUUAAUCAGAACUGUCGUGGAAAUGUAUCAUAAGUCUAAUUGAAUGAUAUGCCCUGGGUUGAUUCUCUUAAAGUUUAAAAUCAGGGCUACAUGUAACCUCUAAAUGGCUUAGCAUUGUCAGGAAGCUAACAUGUGGAUGUGAGGUAAUGUAAUCACCAUACUUAGCCACCGAUCAUCAACAGCCUGUAACAAAGAAUUUGAUUGGCUGAGACCUUCCCUUUCCUGUUCCUGUUUUCUGUGUGCAGCGAUGGCUUGUAGAUUUGUUCAUUUCUUACCAAAGGAUGAUACAGUGUGAAGUCUCCAAGAACAACAGAUAUGAGUUUAAGGAGAUCAAAGAAAAUCUAUCAACAGCUGGAAGAGAAAAGUAUAACUUUUAGAUAUGGUCUUUCUCACGUUGUAGCAGGACAGGGGGAAACCCUACAACAAUCCCUCAGAUUCCCUGAAGAAAGGGGGAGUGGCUCAUCAAUCAUUCACCCCUGUGAAACAAUUAAGAGAACGGUUUGCACCUGUGUGCCGUUACAAAAAAAGGAGACAGUAUGCCAUUCAUGGAGAGGAGAAAACAAUAUAAGGAGCCGAUCUAACAAGAGAAGAAAGUGGGUUAUUCAGGGACUUCUUCAGGGAGACAAGGCGGUUUGGGGUUUCUCUUCACUUAACCAGGAGCUGUUGGGAAGCCAUUCAUCCCCUUCUCAGUUCACCCUGCAUUCCAGUGAUCCACCCUGGCCUGAGUCACCCUCAGAUAAGUCUACUCACGAUACACAGAUAUAAUUCCCCCCCACGUUGCACUUGUACCUGCCCUACACACUACACUAUGCAAAACGUUACUUUCUAGCCUCCCUAUUCCCUGGAUCAGACUGUUUUACACUCUUUAUCUCCAGAGUGACAAAGGACACAAAGGACUUCUCCCCUCCCCACACCUUUAUCACCCUGAGUCCAAUGAUGAACUACUGUUUUGUGAUUUCAAUUGCCUUAUUUGUUGUUUUGUUGGAUUUGAGUUUCUCCGGUAAAAGGUUUGUGACUGUUUGUUUUGAUAUGCUGAAUAUGACUUGAGCUCAAAAAUACAGACAUUUUAUGUUGAAAGCGA